AUGUCUUUGAUCGACAAUAACAAUCGCAAUAACAACAACAAUAAUAUUAAUAAUAGAACUAGUUUAAAUGAUGAAGAAAUAGCAGACUGUAUUCAAGUUACAUUAACAAGAUCACCGUCACAUGGUUUCGGCAUAGCGAUUAGUGGUGGAAAUAAUGAAAAUAAAUUGGCUGAUUUAAAAAAAAAUACUAUUUCAUAUCACGAUGAAAAUCAAUUCGAUAAUCAAUCAUUAAUUGUAUGCGAAGUUAUUAAAAAUGGUCCAGCAGAUGGAAAACUUUUCCCAAACGAUCAGAUUUUGAGCGUUAAUGGUCAUCCAGUAAUACGCCAAAUGGAACAUUCAGCAUUAAAACUUAUUCGUGAAUCAACUGAUUUUGUUAAUUUAAUUGUCCGACGACGAAAGCAUCCUGUUCUUGUUUCGGACAGUCAACCACCUGUAAAAUGUAUAUUGAAUAAGACGCGUAAAGAUGAGAAAUUCGGUAUUGUUUUGGGCUGCCGAUAUUUCGUUAAAAAAAUUCAUUUUAAAGAUAGUGAUAAAUAUACGAAUCUUCACGAAGGAGAUGAAGUUAUUAAGAUAAACGAAACCCUUGUUGAUCGCUUAACAUUACAAGAAGCACAAAAAUUAAUUGAUAAAGCUAAAGAACGACUUGUCCUUUUUGUUAUUCCUAAUAAAUCGAAUCAAGAUAAAUCAUUAUCUCAUCAAAAUGGAAUUCAUAAUCAUCAAGAAGUAACAUCAAUGCCUAUUGUUGUUCAAGAUCGACCAUCAUCUUCACGUAAAGAAUUACAAGCGGAUUAUAAUCAACAUGUUUUCGAGAGACCAAUAGUUAAUCGUCAUGAUUUUAUGCGAUCAAGUACUGGUACAAGAUAUGUAUCGUUUCUUACUGAUUCAACAAGUAUGGGUAUUCGAUUAGCUGGUGGUGAUAAACAUGGCCUAUUUAUUUGUGAAGUACAACCAAACAGUGUAGCACAUAAAGCUGGAUUACUUGUUGCUGAUAAAAUAUUCAGUGUGAAUAAUAUCGAUUUUACAGCUUUAACACGCGAAGAAGCUGUUUUGUGUUUGAUGAAUAUGAAAUCAUUACAAGUGAAUAUGAUUGUAGCUAAUUUACGCCAUGAAUAUGAACAAUUGUUGGCUGAUGUUGGUGGAGAUUCAUUUUAUAUUCGUGCUCAUUUCACUUAUAAUACAACAAACGAAGAAGAAUUAUCGCUUCGUGUAAAUGAUAUUUUUCAUGUAACUGAUACUCUCUAUAAUGGUCAAGUUGGUUAUUGGGUUGCAACUAAAUUAAAUGCAUCUCCAACACACAAUAAAAUUACUGGUGCUAUUCCAAAUAAAUUACGAGCGGAACAAUUGGCAAGUGUUGCUCCAAAUCUUGAUCAAUUAAUUAAAUCAAAACAGCCUUCAUUUAAACGUAAACUACGAUCGAAAUUUGGUGAUAAAAGAUCACGAUCGGUUUCAUCAAUACAUCAUUUAAAAGAAGAUUCUUUUUUUGCGUUGACCAAUUCUAAAUUUCCUGCAUACGAACGUGUUUUACUUAAAGCUGUGACAAUUAUUCGUCCUGUUGUUCUUUUUGGUCCUUUGGCUGAUAUUGCAAGAGAUCGUCUACUCAAAGAACAUCCUGAUCUAUUCGAAUUACCUCGUAUUGAAACACAAUCUCCUACAAAAGCACGAGCUAAUGUUAUUAAAUUACAAAGUAUCAAAAAUGUUAUUCAACGAAAUCGUCAUUGUUUACUUGAUGUAACUCCAACAGCCGUCGAACAACUGAACUAUGCUCAAUGCUAUCCCAUUGUUAUCUAUUUCAAAGCAUCUGAUCGUCGACAAAUAAAGCAAAUUCGUAAUGAAUAUGGCAAACUUUAUCAAAAAUCUUCUCGACGCUUAUUUGAAUCAUCGGAACGUUUAGAAUUUUUAUUUUCAUAUUUAUUUACAUCAGUAAUAAAACUCGAUUCAACGGCAAAUUGGUAUAGAGCAUUAAAAGCACAAAUUGAAAUUGAACAAGAACAACCAAUUUGGAUGAGUGACGAUCGACCAGCUGAUAAAGAUUUGCCGAAUUCUGAUGAAUAUUUUAUUUCGACAAGAAAAAGUUAUUCUGAUGACAAUUACACUCGAGAUGAAUCAAGUCCAGAUUCAGAUAUGAUGAAUAUGCAACAAAGAAAAGGAAAAAAUUAUUUACAAAGAGUUGCAUCGGAUCCAGUUAUGUUUCCAAGAGAUAAAAUUCGUUCGUACUCAACUGAUGGUCAUCAUGAUUUCGACGACAAUGACGAAGACGAAGAAGAAGAUGAUGAUAAUAGUACAUUUUUUCAAAAUUCUUCAAUAUCCUUACCAAAUCGCAGCCAUUCAGUAACAGAAAUGCCAAGAGCAAAUGAUGAACAAAAUCAAAAUCGACCAGGAUUAACGCAUUCAAAUUCAAUAACAGAUAAUUCACGUCUUUAUCAACGAUCAUUAUCAUAUAUAAAAACAAUAGAUGAUAAUAAUAAUAAUACUUUUAUGCCAACUAUAAAUAAUAAUAAUAAUAAUAAUAAUGAUGAUGAUUUAUUUCGAACAGAGAAAUAUAAUAAUGAUCGAAAUUCUUCUAUAAACCAUCAUUCAUUUCAUGUAACAACGAAUGGACAACCUAUUUAUCGUCCUGAUUCGAUCACUCAUGUUGAACAAGAUGAUCUCUAUCGUUUACAACGUCUGUAUCAUCAAGAUGAACAAGAAAAGUAUAAAAAUCACUUUGAAAAUGAAACUUCAUCGAACACGCAAAGCACUGCUAAGCUUAUUCCAGCACCUUUUAUUAGAGCACAGAUUCGUGACACUAACGAAUCUUCAUUAAAUUCAAUCAAUGGUAAAACAGAUCGAAUUUCAUCAAGACGACCACUUAUUGCACCGAAACUUCGAACAAUACAGACGAAUGAAAGACUUAGUUCAAGUGAUAGUGGAGGAUCUGUUCAAAAUCAUAUUAGAAGAAAUUCAAAUGAGAAAGCAACAAUGACGAUAAUAGAAAAAGGUUUGCCUGUUAAUGGCUAUGCUAGUUGGAAUAGACCAUCUUCAUCUAGUUCAUCGAGGCCAACAAUUCUACCUUCAUAUUCGAAUGGUAUUGAUUCUUAUAGUAAUAACAUUGAUUCAUCGUAUCGUAUAAUUCGUUGUACAUCAAUGGAUACUGUUCGUCGUAAUGAGCAAACUCCAUCGAUGAAUUCCAAUGACAAAUUACAUGCAGAAUCUUUAUUAAAACAGAAGAUGUGCUCAAGUAAAAAACAUAAUCAUACAUCAGCAACUGCUGCUUUUCCAUCAGAAAGCUUAAAAUCUCAAUCAUUUUCUACAACGGCAGCUUUUAAUCAUCAGCCAUCAACAAAUCGACAUCAAUAUCAAAACAGUGAAUUUCCAUUACAAAAACCACGCGUUUAUACUCCUGAUGAUAAAUCUUUUAUUGGACAACAGCAACAGCAAAAUAUUCUUUCAUCUUCAUCAACAUCAUCAACAUUGAGUGUAAAAGACAAAAGUAUCAAAGAAGUUGGUGAAACAAGGUUAUAUUCACUACAAGAUGAAUGUAAUAUUAUCGGUGGUGCUCGUGGUGUCAUGGAUUAUUUUGGUGGCAAGUUAUCUUGUUCUUUAACAGGUGUGUCGGUCUCUGUUCCAGUUGGUGCAUUACCAGAAGGUGUUCAACAGGAAAUUUUUUUCCAUGUUUGUCAAGAUGGAUCAAAUAUUCGAAAAUUUAAUGCUAAGCAAGGUGAACGUUUAUUGAGUCCAAUUGUUAUGUGUGGCCCACAUGGUGUACAAUUUUUAAAACCAGUUGAAUUAAUUUUACCACAUUUUGGUGGUACAGAUGCUCAACAAUUAUCUUUAAUGCUUCAUGGUGCUAAUCAAAAUGGUUCCACAAUUAAUCGACAAGAUAAAUCAAUGAUUUUGAAUGGAAUUAAUCAUGUCACCAAUUCAAAUGUCUCUAUACUUGUUGAUCACUUCUAG